GGCUCGCCAACGGCGCGAACAACGAAUAGAAAAGACUAUCGACCUAACCCUACAACAUGGGCCUCACGGCCGAAACCAUCGUCGGCAUCAUAGCGCUGUUGGUCAUGUGUACCCCAAGCUUACCCUUCCUAUGGCGAUACUUGCGCAGGGAGCGACUGCCCUCGGGCAACGGACCGUCAAUGCACCAUAGCAUCAGCACGUCGGCUCAACAUCAGCUUCAGAGUCUCCCGGGUCAAUCCUUCAUUCCCUUGCCCUACGUGACCGGUAUCGAAGUACAGGCCUCGGCCUUGCGAUUCCAGUAUGUCAGCACAGACUGGACCCACCAUCACGCCCAACUGUCGUCCCUGGAGAAUGGAACACUAUACACUUCCAGAAACAUGCGCCUCCGAGAGAAUAUCGUCCUUCGCUCGGGCCUCUGA